AUGCCUCCUCAGAUAAGAAUUACUUCAUCCGAGCAAAAAAAGAUAUCAUUUUCAACCGCUCUAUGUAGAACUAUUGGAAAUGAUUUAUCCCAAAAGUCUUCAAUAAAAAACAAAAAUCCAUCGCAACGAAAUCCUCAGUUAAAACCUCCUUCCAAAAAGGCAAUAAACGAAGCCCUUCAUCAAUGUUUACAAAUAACUCGUGAGCGAGAUUAUACAAAUUAUGUUGCUGGUUUAGUAAUGCCAUCGGAAAUUCAACCUGCUUUGUUUACCCUAUUGGCUUUUAAUGUAGAAUUAGCCAUUGUUCGAGAUCAAGUUGUUCGUAAUUCGGGAGUUUCCGGAAUAUAUCGUUUGCAGUUCUGGAAAGAUGCAUUAGAUGUUUUAUAUGGUCAAGCAAAAGGACCACUACCUCGGCAACCGGUUGCGAUAGCUUUAAGUCUUUUUGGACAUCAUUUUGAUGAACAUUUACUGAGAAAUUUAAUUACUGCUCGGCAAAGAACAUUGGGUGAUCGUCCGUUUGAGUCUCUUAACGAUGUCAAAAAAUAUGGCAUCGAAACGACAGGCUCCGUAACUCAGUUGAUAAUGCAUCUACUUUCCGGUUCUCAUGAUGCUAAUGAGAUACCGCUUUCUGAAGAAGCAAUUCAAGCAGUCGAAUCAAUGUCACAUGCUAUUUCAAUUAUUACUUUAAUCAGAUCGACCAUGCCGUUAUUGUCAAGAGGGAUCUUUUUACUUCCCAAUGAUCUAAUGGAGAAAUAUCAGUUAAAUGCAGAUGACAUAUUGGGGAAUAAAAAGCAAAAUGCAAUACGUGAUUUAGUCAAGGAGCUUACUAAUAUAGCAGAGGAAGAACUUCUGAAAAGUCGACAAUAUCGUAAAAGCAUCAAACCAAAUUUACGACUAGCACUUAUGGCAAGUGGUGUAACGUUGGAUCAUUUAGUGAAAACGCUUCAUGAAAGCAACUAUAAUUUGCUGAAUACACGACUUCAACGUGGAUACGAUCUUCUCGCAUGGCGUUUUUGGUGGCGCAAAUUUCUUGGUCAUUACUGA